GGGACUUCCGGUAUUUGAAAAAAAAUAUGACCGGACGGGGAAAGAAGAAAAAGACCUAUGGCACAGUUUCAGCAGGUCUUCUUCCAGUGGCUGCCUUUUCAGCUGUACCAAGGACCCCACCACCAGAAACUCCUGUAGGCAUUACUCCAGGACUAGCCAUGACUACUGGAGUACUAAAAGCCUCGAUGCUUGGCAGAUUGAGAAUGCCACCAACUGGCCAUGAUGAAGAUGUUCUUAGUGACCCAGAGAGUAGUUUAUAUGAUUACCAACAGAUGGAGGAACCUGGGUAUUCAUCUGUAGAGUUUGGAAGAACUGGUGGAUCUAGGAAGAGGAUCAGUUACUCUGAUAGAGAUAAGGCUCCUACCCCUCCACCUGGUACUUCUCAACAACAGUUUGAUGCAGAUAACGAAUACCGGGUCCUUGAUCCGGAAGCUGUAAAAAGGGAAGCAGAGUUAAGUGCAUUAUAUGCCACACCCAAUAAAGAUCGUAAAAGACAGUCGCAGACAGUUAAUGGGCAGCAAUCAUUACAACACACAGGGCAGAGAGUUAGAGCUGAGAUGAAACGCUACCAUGACAUGGAACAAGAAGAUACUGAUAAUGAAGUAGAAGAUAUCAUACCCAAAGUAACUGUGGAACGACAAACUACAUCACCCCAUAAAACUCCUAGUCAAAGAUCAAAAAGAGAUGAAUCUCCUGUCCAUCAGGAAAAGCCAAUAGAAAAAGCAGUGGAGGUCAAACAGUCAUCCAUCAGAGCAGAAUCUCCUGACAGAAGUCAUAGAUCUGGUGCUAACACAGCUCGAAGUGGUGCUAACACAGCGCGAAGUGGUGCUACAACAGCUAGGAGUCAUGAUUCUUUACAGCAAAGUCUGGAGGGAGAAAAUUAUAUCCUGAGAUCAAAAGCUGAACAACUAGAGUCAGAAGUUAUAUCACUGAAACAUGUGACAUCAGCUCUGGAACAUGGUGAUCAUGACACAGCAAUGAAUUUAAUGUUAAAGAAACAGUUACAAGAAAUGAAGGCAGAAAAUGAAACCUUGAAGAACAGCAUACACAGACUGACAGUAGAACUCAGUGCUUAUCAGGCUAAAUUUAGACCACUUUCUGCUGAAGAAAAGACAACGGCUGGUCUGCUGGGAUUACCUAGGGAUGGACCAAUACCAUCUUGGCUGAUUGAUACAAAAUAUUUAUCUCCCUUAUUUAUGGCCUAUGAUGACAGAAUGGCUGAAAAAGAUAAAAUAAUACUCAAAUAUCAGGAAGAUUUUGACAGAUUAAGAAGAAACGCUGAAUCAAUAGUGGAUGAAAAUGAGCAGCUACAACAUGACCUUGAAGAAACAGCAACAAAAGGACCUGUAGAUAUACAUGAAUGGGAACAAUUGAAAGAAAAUGCUAAAUUAAUACUUGAAGAAAAUCAGAAUUUACUGGAACAAAUCAACAUAAAAGAUCAAAAGGCACAUGAUUUACAGCAAGCUCAUAUACGAGAAGUGUCCAAAGUUACAAAAGAAUUGGUUAUGAUCAGGGCAGAAAAAUCGGACACAGAUAGGGAACUUGAAGAAUUACAACGAAAAUGGAAGGAUACAAAACAAAAACAUGAUGAGCUGAUCAGAGAGGGUGAAGAUAAAACUACUGUAGACCAGUAUAUCAACAAGAUUGCUGAUCUCAAAAAAGAAAUGUUAGAUAUAGAAGAUCGCCAUAGGAAAGAUUCGGAAGAACUCAAAAUCAAAUUACAGGCAAUGGAAAAUGAGAGGAAAUCUCAGACUCAGCAAAUGAUAGAGUUAACAGCAGAAAUCAAAAGACAUCAGGCUGAGAAAAAAGCUAUGCAUAGAAGUAUGAGGAAAACUCAAAACAAGAUGUUGUAUCUACAAAGAGCUAUAGAACAGUCAGAAACAAAAGAACAGUCAGUUCAAGAUUACCUAGGCAAUAUUAUAAGAGUGGCAGAGAAGGUUGCACAGGAAAGAGAUAAUUAUGCCAAAGUGGCUAAGGAGAAUGAGAUAGAAACAAAGAAAGCUGUUAACAAGUUACUCCAGGAUAAUAUGAUGAAAGCAAAACUGGAAGAGAAACUUAAGCUAUACAAAAUGAGAGCAGCUGCAAAGAUUAAUACUGUUUCUGGCAGGCUAGCAGAACAAGACCAAACAUUCUUAAGUCAGAAAAAAGAAUAUGAGAGAGAGAUUAAACAUUUACGACAUUUAAUUAAGGACAAAGAAGAUCUAAUGCAUGGCUUUUCAGACGAGAAAAGAGAUGCAGAAGAUGAAUUGGAAGUGAUGUGGCAGGCAGCACAUAAUGAGAAUGAACGAAUGAAAGACGUUUUACACAAAACUGUUAGACAACUACGCCAACAUGAAGCUUUAUCAGAUGCCAUGGAUAGGGCAGAGCCUAAAGAGCUUGUCCAUGUGUCGUCUGAUGAACAAUGAUCUCCAGUUAUCUCCCUUGUCAGUUCUCAGUCCAAAUAGUAUCAGUAGAAAAGUCAAAUUGAGAUUUCUGUCAUAAUGUCUUGUAAUUCUUGUGGAAUUCAAAUGAUAACAUCAUGGAAAUAAUAUUUCCUUGGUGAAAGGAUUUAUUUCACCUGUCUGGAUUCUCAUGAAAAUUGCAUCAGAAAGUGCUUAUAUUUGAAAGGAAGAAAGUCAUAUUAGCAGCUUUUUACUAAAAAAAUCAUGGGAAAAUUGUAUAAGAAAUUAUCAGUCUCAUGAAAAAAGGGAAUACAGAGAUAUUUUUCGUUUUUAUUCUGUGAAAGAAAACAAAAUAACAUUAAUUUGUAUCCAUAAGCAUGCAUUGUAUCAUACAAAUAGUAGAUGUAACCUUGAACAAUAUAAGAUUCUUCUACUUUAAAUUUUCUUUUUAAUUUAUCUAAAGAUGCAUACCUAAUUUACUGAUGUACACGUACAAUGCAUUGAUUUUUCUAAUUUUAAGAAGAUAUUUAUUUUUUUUCAUAUUUUACACAACAAACAUUUUUCACACAAUGUCACUUCAUUGUAGAUUAAAAUUCAAAUAUCUA